AUGGGCAGAUGGAGCUCUAACAGCACCAGCCGCCUUCCAUUUCUGGACAUGGACGUAUCAAUUGAUUCCACGAACGUCGGUCAACCCUCGGCAGACGCAGCCCUUUCAACAUCGUCCUCAAAGUUCGACCCCAAAAUCACCAUGAAAAAUGCUAUCGAUGUUGAGGGUGCGCCGCGCGAGCCUCCGCGUCGAAAAGCUGCACACUAUCUUCAACUCGUGUGUCUCGUAACGCUUGUUCUCUGUUCAGCGUCACUAAUCCAACCUUCCCGCAUACUGCACCUCAUUACUCAGCGACCACCUCACGAGCAUUCAUGCCAAAACACAGCUUCAACUCAGCCUAUCUAUGGUCAAUUUCCCAAGUCCAGCGACCCAUUCCAUUUUUUGCCAUGUACGAAUGAGACUGUGCCGCCUUCAAUUAAUGAUACGAACGCAUACCGAACCUGGGCAGCAUUGUACAAUCCCGACCCGAGGAGCUGGAUUUGGGAGCAUAUUUCAAACACAUCUACGACUCAAGGAUCAACCGUUGAUCCAUAUGCUGGAAGAGGCAUCUAUCUAUGCGGGUAUCUUGACGUGCCUCUAGACUACACCAACAAGUCAGACACACGCAUUUCCCGGCUGGCCAUUACCAAAUUCCAAGUUUCUGGCCUUGCACGCCUCGACGGGCACUCACCACCAUCCGCUGGCCGUAAAAGUGAGCGAACUCUCAUCAUUGAACCCGGUGGCCCUGGCGGCAGCGGGACAUUAUCAGCAUUUAGAUCUGCGGAAGACAAAACGAAGCACUUCAGCAACCGACAGUACGACGUAUUGGGCUGGGAUCCCCGUGGAGUCAAUAUAUCGCAACCCUCGAUAUCAUGUUUUCCCUACAACGCUGAUAGAGACAGAUGGGCUCUUCUUGAAACCCCGGCACGGGUAACAACUAAGGACACUAGAGCGUACCUUGAGGCGGCUGAUGCCUUUCAUGAUGCCACGCUUCGGGCCUGCUGGGAACGCCAUGGCGACAUCCCUCGGUUCUUGACCACGACGUUUGUGGUGCGUGACUUGGAAGAGAUUCGUAUUGCACUUGACGAGCCAGAAAUCACAGGCUACUUUGUCAGCUAUGGCACUACUAUCGGCGAGAUCUACAGCAACAUGUUUCCCUCAUCCGUUGGCCGCUUAGCCUUGGAUGGAGUGACUUCUGCACGAGACGACCGAAAACUCGGUGGCUUCUCCCUGGUAUCUCUCGAUAACAUUACCGACGCAUGGAACGAGGGAUUCCUCGGCGAAUGUGUUCACAUGGGACCCAAGCACUGUGCCCUUGCCCGUCCAGUGAGCGGACAAGAGGUCACGCUUCAGAACCUGCAAGCACGCAUGGAGGCACUCAUGGCGAGUAUAGCCAAGCGGCCGAUACCAGGCUACACGCCCUCAAACGGUCCUACGCUCAUUACAUAUGCACGCCUAAACUCGGCUAUAUUCUCUGUUUUGUACGAUCAAAAAAGGUGGCCUCACAUGGCAAAACUGCUCUUCGAGUUAGAACAGGGCAACUCGACUCUCGCCGCAGAACACCUCGACGAGGGAAUGUGGAGCGGAAAUCCAGACUCUUCAGUUUCUCACAGACUAGUAUCUGGCGAGCUGGGCCUCAUGGUUAUCUGUUCAGACUCGUACGAUGCGCCGCAGCCCUCCAACGGCCUAGAGUGGUGGGACGACCUUUGGAAGAGGCUAGUCAAGAUGUCCUGGAUUGGCGGCGACGACAAUUUCAUGUUCGUCUUUCCAUGCCGCCAGUUUACAAAGUACUGGCCACAGCCGGCGGAAGUCUACCGAGGGGACUUCAACAAUACGCUCAAGAACCCCAUCUUGCUCAUAUCCGAGACUCACGACCCUGCUACGCCGAUUAGCAAUGGGCGACGAAUGCAUAAGGAGAUGGGGCGUAACUCGAGACUAGUGGUACAUCACGGCUAUGGACACUCGUCUCAGUUUAUUUCGAAUUGUACGAAUUCUAUUGUGAGAAAUUUGAUUCUGAAUGGUGUUGUGCCGGAUGAGGCGGAGACGGAUUGUUAUGCGGAGGUGAAACCGUAUAAGGAUGAGUUGUAG